CUGCAUCUUUGGAACCAGCGAUGGUUCGUGCUAGAUCCGCUGACAGCGCGUAUGGAGUACAGGAUUCAGCGCAGUGACGUCCAUGCGCGGGGAAUCAUCCACUUUGAGGCAGACAGCACCAUCACUGUGUCGCCCAUCAACCUGCAUGGGGCCAAGCAAUACGAGAACUGCUGCUUCUAUGUGGGCACGGCGGGCAAGAAGGAGUACUUUCUGUGCGCUGAGACGCCUGGUGCCGCCAGGGCUUGGGUCUCCACUCUGCGUGCGUGUGCGCUGGUGCUCAAGGCACACCGGGAGGAGGUCAACGCACUCGGCUCCUCCUCCACCCCCCGUGCCACAGGCGCAGUGGCAGCUGCGACGGCAGCAGCCAAUGAAACGGCGCGCAAGGCAGUACCAGAGGUAGCAGCGGCGAAUCAGAAGACAGUUCAGGCGAACGCGGCAACAGCAGGGAUACUCUCCUCCCUCCCCCUCUUCACACCACCACCCCAGCCCUCGCCCCCCUCUUACACACGCAACCCCUCUCUCGAUUCCCAGCUGGCUGCAUCUUCCCCCACCAUGCUCCCUUCCUCCUUUGUUGCCUCGCGCUCUCUCCCCUCAUCCUCUGCUGCCUCUGCCUCUGCCUCUGCCUCUGCCUCUGCCUCUGCCUCUUCCUCUUCCUCUUCCUCCUCCGCACUGCUUCCAUCAUACCAUCCUGCGACCGCUGCCUCUUCCCAAGCAAGGCAGAACGACCAGGAGAUCAAAACGCAGCAGCAGCAGCAGCAGCAGCAGCCAAGAGCAGCAGCAGUAGCACCAUCCGCUGAUGCUGCAGCUGCAGCAGAGCUGGUCAAGACCAUUCGGUCACAGGAUGCAGAGAUGAGGCAGCUGUGGGGCAUCGUGAGGGAGAGAGACAGCACCAUCCAGGAGCUCGCUGCUCGCCUGGAGGAGGUAGCAGCGGCAGCAGAUGCAGCAGCUGACGCAGCGACAACAGCAACAAAGGAGCGGGACGCACUGAAGCACUCUGCAAGCAAGCUAUGUGCGGACAUGGAGGGACGGUUCAGUGAGACCGAGAAGCAGAUGGCAGCUGCAGUGGGGGCGAAGGUGGCCGCUCAGGAGAGGCUGAAGGUGCAGCUGGCACGGGCUGAUGCAGCGGAGGAGAAGGCAGAGAGGCUGGCGAGGGAGGUUGAGGAGAUGAGGGAGCAGAUGAGGAAGAUGAAAGAGGAGGUUGCUGCGAGUGCUGCUGCUGGUGGUGGUGCUGGUGGUGCUGCUUCUGGUGGUUCGUCUGGUGGUGUUGCUGGUGCAGGUGGAGCAGGAGGAGAAGGGAUUGGGGAGGAGGAGGUGACAAAGGAGAGAGCAAGGGCGGAGAGUGAGAGAGAGAGGGCGGAGAGGGAGAGGGAGAGGGCGGAUCGGGAGAGAGUGAGGGCGGUGGGGGCGGAGGCAGCAAGGGAGGAUGCGGUGAGGGUGGCAGUGCUGUGGAAGGGCGAGGCGGACAAGUGGCAGAUGGAGGCUGCAAGGCUGGCUCAAGCAGCGCAUCUGCAGCAGCUGGUGCCACUCAUUUCUCCCUCUGCGCCCACUCACCCCUCUGCUCCUCCCUACUCCUCCUUUUCCGCGUCGUCCACUCAUUCUGCCUCUACCGACGCUCCAUCACACCCUGCUGCAAACCAUUCCUCUCCGCCAGGGGACGAUACAUCCCAGGAAGGGAAUGUAGAUUCUUCUGCUCCUUACGCAUGGGAUUCUUACACUACUCACACCACUCACACCCCCAUGGGUACACCUGACGUCACCCCGUACAUGUCGUCAUGCUCUCCUUAUACUGGUGAUAUGCAGGGCCCCUCUCCUGACUCCCUCUUUACAGCCACAGAUGCCACAGCAGUAGCGGGUGCAGGCGGGGGUGCUGGCGCUGGUGUGGGUGUUACUGGUACUGGUACUGGUGCUGGUGCUGGUGCUGGUACUGGUGCUGGUGCUGGUGCUGGUACUGGUGCUGGUACUGGUACUGGUGCUGGUACUGGUGCUGGUGCUGGUGCUGGUGCUGGUGCUGGUGCUGGUGCUGGUGCUGGUGCUGGUGCUGGUGCUCUUGCUGGCACUGCAGAUGCUGCUGCCGCUGCAGCUGCUGCUGGUUCCUCUGUUGGUGUUUAUCCCAGCAACUCGCCACCGAGUACCCACCCAUUUCCUGCUGCCUCCUCAUAUCCCUCUGACUUCCCAGGGACCCACCACAUGGUCAGUACCUUUCCCCCCUCCCAGGCGCAGUCCCCUGAUGCUGGUUGUGCGCCAACUGGGGUGGUUGAGGCGGGUCCGAGGAAGAAUGGAGCUGGUGAUGCUAAUGACGGAGCCUCUGGAGGUGUAUAG